CCAUGGAAACGGAGUCAUUGUUAACAACGUAAACAAACAGAAAUUUCUAUUCACAAGCAGGUUUUCGUUGUCAUUCGGAUUUUUAUUUUUUAAAAUUAAUUUUUCGUGUAAUUUUAGUGCAAGUGGUUUUUUUUUUAUUUACAUCUUUAGAACAAAAUAUAAAAAAAGAAUAAGAAUGUUGCAAAAAUAUGGCAGAAUUACACAUAAUUGGGCAAAUAGCCUCAGCAAAAGAAUUUGAACAACUACGACUUAUGUGCAAAUGGAGUUUUCACGCUGGAAUGGGAUGGAAAAUUUUGAACGGUAAUCACGAGGGUCAAACACAAGAAUGUUGUGAUUUUUAUACAAACGAACCAAUUUGGGAUCAUCCAUUAGAUUUACAUUACGGAACAACAUCUUUACAAGGAUCACCAAAAUUAUUGUUACAAUUAUUUUGCCGUGAUAAUUACAAUAGAAUUAUAUUUCUCGCUUAUGGGGUUUGUGUUGUUCCAUUAACUCCUGGAUUUCAUGAACUUGAAUGUCACACUUGGAAGCCAAUUGGUAAUUGGCAGGAUAGACUAAAGGACAAAUUUCUUGGUUUAACAUUACAAUUAAAAACUCCAAGUAUCCUUGUUAAUACACAGGAUAGAUUUGAAUUAUUAACAGAAAGUAUGGGAGUAGUGAAAAUAAAUCUUCAUAUUUUGAGUAGAAAUUUCGAAAAAUUUGGUUGUGAUCUUUGA